AUGAAGCAGCUGGAGGUUCGAGGUUCGGUUAGAUCCAAACAGAGAGAGUCUGAGGAACCACACAGGGAGAUAAGAGUCCAAACAGAGACGGGUAAAAUCCACGGGGAGAAGGAGAAAGAGCUCCGACACGGCGGUGGUCCUGCUGCGGUGUUUUCGCUGCUGCUCUCCGGCCUGUGGGCUCCAAACACUCCCGAACACUCUACGGGGUCUCCCGGUCCUCUGGAGGCUCCACAGGGGCGGACAGUCAGCGGGUAA